AUGCAGCUUCUCUCACGUACUCUUCUGUUGUCGGCCGCCGCUCAUGGCUUGGCUGUAAAUGCCGCUGCCGUGCAACACAAGGACAAGAGAUCCAUCGUUGAGCGCGAUGGCGUCACUUACAAUGUCUUUGAGCACGCCGCUACAGGGGCUAAGAUGGAAUUUGUGAAGAACUCGGGCAUUUGCGAGACCACACCCGGCGUCAACCAAUACUCGGGAUAUCUCUCCGUUGGAAAUAACAUGAACAUGUGGUUCUGGUUCUUCGAGGCCCGUAACAACGCGAGCAGUGCUCCUCUCGCAGCCUGGUUCAAUGGCGGUCCUGGGUGUUCAUCUAUGAUCGGAUUGUUCCAAGAAAACGGCCCUUGCCACUUCGUUAAUGGCGAAUCAACGCCAUCUUUGAACAACAACAGCUUUAAUAAUUUCGCCAACGUCAUCUACGUGGACCAGCCCAUCGGUGUGGGAUUUUCCUACGGCACAGAUGAUGUCGAUAGUACCGACUCUGCUGCCCCCUACGUCUGGAAGCUGAUCCAGGCAUUCUAUGCUCAAUUCCCGCAGUACAAGAGCCGUGAUUUCGGUAUUUUCACAGAGUCUUACGGUGGACACUACGGACCCGAAUUCGCCCACUACAUUCAAGGACAAAAUGCCGGUGUUAAGAAUGGUAGUGUCACUGGCGAAAACAUCAACUUGAUUGCUCUCGGUAUCAAUAAUGGCUGGUUCAGCUCCCAGCUUCAAGAGAAGGCUUACAUUGACUAUGCCUACAACAACAGCUACAGGCAACUUAUCAGCUCCAGUCAGCGUUCCUCACUUUUAGACAGCUAUAACAACGACUGUCUUCCAGCUAUCAAGCAAUGUGCAUCAUCUGGAUCAGAUUCAGAUUGUUCCAAUGCCGGUGAUACUUGCGGACAAAUCGAAUCCUCCAUCCAGGAAGCUGCUGAUUUCGACCCCUAUGAUGUCCGCGAGCCGUCCAAUGAUCCCUACCCACCCUCAACCUAUAGCACCUACUUGACGGACUCUAGUGUCGUCAAGGCCAUUGGUGCCAAGUCUACCUAUCAAGAAUGUCCAAAUGGCCCAUACAACAAGUUUUCCUCUACCGGCGACAACUCCCGUUCUUUCCUCAGUCAAUUGUCCUCUGUCGUUCAGUCCGGUAUCCAAGUACUCGUUUGGGCUGGCGACGCGGACUGGAUCUGCAACUAUAUUGGAGUCCAGCGCGUUGCUAAUGCAGUCAGCUUCAGCGGUUCAUCCAAAUUUGCCAGUGCCUCGUUGCAAUCGUACACUGUGAACGGAGCCAAGAAGGGCUUGUACAAGAAUGUCGAUAACUUUUCUUACCUGCAGGUCUUUGGUGCGGGGCACGAAGUUCCAUACUACCAGCCAGAGACCGCGCUACAGGUUUUCAAACAGACCAUGCAGCAACAAGCCAUUGCGUCAACCUAA